CUCGACACAUGGCAGAGGGUAUUAAAACCAGACACCCCGCCGUGCCCUUCGACCUCAUCUCGUCCGUUUGCUGAAUCUUCUCCCCUUCAGCAGAUACUCGUCCCCCACUGUCGUCUCUGUUGCUUGUCCUUCCUGACGCCGUCCGUUCAAACCAUGGUCUCCGCAGUAAACAAGACCACGCUGUAUCCAGCGGGUCUGCAGCCUCAAAGAGAACACACUGAGAUCGAGGAGGAGCUGCACGAGCGUGCCCACAUCGACUACGACCGUGUCGAAAUCGUUGCAAACCCCGCAGUCGCCGCGCUGUACGAAGAUGCCCUAGUGUACGAGACGGGCUCGGCGAUCACGUCGUCAGGCGCGCUCUCAGCCUACUCGGGCGCGAAGACCGGCCGCUCGCCUUCAGACAAGCGCAUCGUGCAAGAACCCACGUCGGAAGCCGACAUCUGGUGGGGCCCCGUCAACAAGCCCAUGAGCCCUGAGGUCUGGAAGAUCAACCGCGAACGUGCCAUUGAUUACCUAAACACGCGGAACCGAAUCUACGUCGUCGACGGUUUCGCAGGCUGGGACGAGCGAUACAGAAUCAGAGUCCGCGUCGUCUGUGCUCGUGCCUACCAUGCCCUCUUCAUGAGGAACAUGCUCAUCCGGCCCACGCCGGAGGAGCUGGAGCAUUUCCACCCCGACUACGUCAUCUACAAUGCUGGCGGCUUCCCUGCCAACAGAUUCACCUCUGGCAUGACAUCGUCCACGUCCGUUGCCAUCAACUUCGCCGAGAAGGAGAUGGUCAUUCUCGGCACCGAAUACGCCGGUGAGAUGAAGAAGGGCAUCUUCACCGUGCUGUUCUACGAGAUGCCCGUCAAGCACAACGUCCUCACCCUGCACUCGUCUGCAAACCAGGGCAAAGACGGCGACGUCACCGUCUUCUUUGGCCUGUCAGGAACUGGCAAGACCACCCUUUCCGCAGACCCCAAGCGUGCCCUCAUCGGCGAUGACGAGCACUGCUGGAGCGACAAGGGCAUCUUCAACAUCGAGGGCGGCUGUUAUGCCAAGACGAUCGGUCUGUCCGCCGAGAAGGAACCGGACAUCUUCAAUGCAAUUCGCUUCGGAUCCAUCCUCGAGAAUGUCGUCUUCGACCCCAUCACCCGUGUCGUCGACUACGAUGACGCCACGCUCACGGAGAACACCCGCUGCGCCUACCCGAUCGAAUACAUCGAGAACACCAAGAUCCCUUGCAUCAGCGACAACCACCCCUCGAACAUCAUCCUUCUCACGUGCGAUGCCCGCGGUGUGCUGCCGCCAAUCUCCAAGCUCAACACGGAGCAGACCAUGUUCCACUUCAUCUCAGGCUACACCUCCAAGAUGGCCGGUACCGAGCAAGGUGUAACCGAGCCUCAGGCCACCUUCUCAUCUUGCUUCGCUCAACCAUUCUUGGCUCUGCACCCCAUGCGCUACGCCAAGAUGCUGGCGGAGAAGAUUGCUGAGCACAACGCAAACGCGUGGCUGCUCAACACCGGCUGGGUUGGCGCGGGCGCCACCACCGGCGGCAAACGCUGUCCGCUCAAGUACACGCGGGCCAUCCUCGACGCCAUCCACUCCGGCGAACUCGCGAAGGCCGAGUACGAAACCUACGAGACGUUCAACUUGCAGGUGCCCAAGUCGUGCCCCGGCGUACCGGACGAGCUGCUCAACCCGGCCAAGUCGUGGACGGGCACUGCCGACUUCCAAGAGGAGGUCAAGAAGCUCGGUGGCCUGUUCAUCGAGAACUUCAAGAAGUACGCCGAUCAGGCAACUCCGGAGGUCAUUGCUGCCGGUCCUCAAAUAUAGGGAGCGCCUUUUUACGGUGUUCCCGUGUACGUGUGAGCGAGUUGUGCGAGUAUGAGGCUGGCUUCUUUAGCGAUCAUGGUGUCCCAUCAUCAUAUAACGGCUUGCGCUGGCGUUUGACGGGCGAAACAAGCAGUGCAUUACAUUUCACCUGCCUCUUUGAUAUCCAGAUUGUCGCCUGUGGCCAAAAAAAAUUUAAAUAAACGGUACGUUACAGCAGCGAGACUAUUGGCGUCGCGACGACCCGCACGCGGAAGCUCGUGCUGUAUACACACACAUACACACACACAUGUUUGGGGCUAGGGACGUGAGCAUUUUUGCUGAUACAAGGGAUGCGCGUGAGCGCCGGAAUUUGGAAGCUAUGUCUACGAACACAUACAUAAGUCGGAUUUGAAGAUUUGACAAAAUCUUAAUCAGGUUUCAAGAUGCCAGUUCAUUUUCGUUCUUCCUUUCUCUCUCCCUUUUUCUCUCUUCCCCUUCUAUUUUCUGUCUUCUAGUUCACUCCUCGAAACCUGUGC